CAACAAUCCAUCCAUCCAUCCAUCUCAACGACAACAACAUCCAACAAAGCCUUCAACCUCCAUUCCCUCCUCCCAAAUCUUCAACGCUCUCCCAACAACAACACAAACCACCACCACCACCACAAACAUGUCUGCCGCCCGCACCAUGAGCCUCUUCCGCGGCGUCGCCAUGCCCUCGUCCGCCCGCGCCGUCCGCACCUUCCACUCCUGCAAGGCCCUCUCCGUCGGCAAGGAGAGCGAAGUCCACAACGAGAACCGCGCCGAGGAGGCCGAGGCCGCCAAGCAGCAGCAGCUGAAGGCGCAGAAGGAGGGCAAGGGCGAGUGGAAAGACACGCUGGCCUCGGACAGCGAGAGCAUCGUCAAAGCCGACCGCGGCGAAGUCAAGGCCGACAAGUCCACCAUCGAGGCCCUGCAGAAGGAAUCCGCCAAAGCCGCCCAACAGGAGCGCAAGUAGAGGGGGACAUUCCUUUCCUCUCCUCUCCUCUCCUCCACGGUCCGGUCCGGUCUCGCGAUUGAGACUUGUAUGAUCCGACUCGGGCAUGUGAGAGAUAAUAAACAAAAGCGGUACGAUGUCUUUUUUCUGCACCUUUGAUAUGGAGCAUGGGUUCCAGCGGGAGGAUGCGGUCCGAUGACGGAGGACGACGGGUCGAAAAGCACGGUGGUCGUUCACCUGGCGGGUUAUGUACACCACUGGCUACCUCCAGGAGGCAACAUCACGGGCUUUUGAGCCCCCCUUUCCACCCGGAAGGGGAGGAGGCCAGUUCCCCCCGACGGCUCGUGUCGUCCAUGUAUUAUAUAUAUCCAUCGGGGCGCCGACGAUCCUCCAGUUCAAUUGAGGACUAGGGGGAUGGAAUGUAGCAUAGGGAGGAAAGCAAAGCAGAGCCAAAAAGCGAUAACAUUGAAGAAAAAA